AUGGUGCGAUGCGACCGCGGGCUGCAGAUGCUGCUGACCACGGCCGGAGCCUUCGCCGCCUUCUCGCUCAUGGCCAUCGCCAUCGGCACCGACUACUGGCUCUACUCCAGCGCGCACAUCUGCAACGGCACCAACCUGACCAUGGACGACGGGCCCGCGCCCCGCCGCGCCCGCGGCGACCUCACCCACUCGGGGCUGUGGCGGGUGUGCUGCAUCGAAGGGAUCUAUAAAGGCCACUGCUUCCGGAUCAAUCACUUCCCAGAGGACAAUGACUAUGACCACGACAGCUCGGAGUAUCUCCUUCGCAUCGUGCGCGCCUCCAGCGUCUUCCCCAUCCUCAGCACCAUCCUGCUGCUGCUCGGCGGGCUCUGCAUCGGCGCCGGAAGGUUCUACAGCCACAAGAACAACAUCGUCCUCAGCGCAGGCAUCCUCUUUGUGGCUGCAGGCCUCAGUAACAUCAUAGGCAUCAUCGUCUACAUUUCCAGCAACGCAGGUGACCCAAGCGACAAGCGUGACGAAGACAAAAAAAACCAUUACAACUACGGUUGGUCGUUUUACUUUGGAGCCCUGUCCUUCAUUGUGGCCGAGACCGUGGGUGUCCUGGCUGUGAACAUUUACAUUGAGAAAAAUAAAGAGUUGAGAUUUAAGACCAAACGGGAGUUCCUCAAGGCUCCCUCCUCGUCCCCCUACGCCAGGAUGCCGACCCACAGGUACCGACGGCGGUGUUCGCGGUCCAGCUCCAGGUCCACCGAGGCCUCUCCCUCCAGGGCAGCGUCCCCGGUGGGCCUGAAGAUCACCGGGGCCAUCCCCAUGGGCGAGCUGUCCAUGUACACGCUGUCCCGGGAGCCCCUCAAGGUGACCCCCGCCGCCAGCUACAGCCCCGACCAGGAGGCCAGCUUCCUGCAGGUGCACGACUUCUUCCAGCAGGACCUGAAGGAAGGCUUGCACGUCAGCAUGCUGAACCGGCGGACGACCCCUGUGUGAGCUGCCCCUUCCUCUCAGCACCGGCCUGUCCCCAGAACAGCUGUGUGGAUCCCACACCAGGGCACCUGCCCCUUAAGAUGGACCAACAAUGGACGGAAGCCAAACCCACCCCUCCCUGGUCUCCAGCAAGUGUCACGGGCUGGCUUGGCGCGAAGCCACCCGGGAGACGGGAAAUGGAGGCGGAAGGCUGACUUUGUCCCCAGAGAGGGUGUCUGAUGCCCCGGGAUUCUGAAAUCUCCUGAGGCUGCAUGGCCUUGAGCGGCCCCAGGGAAGACAAAAUCGAGCCAUUAUCUCCUCUUGGAAACAAAUCUUGC